AUGUGGACAUCUGUCAGCGCAAACGACUUCUGCGGGCCGUUCCAUUCCCACGCGAUGCGGUGGGUCGUCGCUUACGCCACCGGCGGAGCGCUGCUCCUCUACACUCUGUAUAAAUGGCUGAUCCCCGGCGCCGUGCGGUAUCACGGAGGUCUGGCGCUCAUUUGGCACAGUGUCAUCGCUGAGUGGAUACUGGACACGCUGACGCGGUCCACACGUCCUCAGAGGCUCUUGGCCGCAGUACAUAAAAAGGCCACAAGAGGGAACCCUCGCAGCGUGGUCAAAGCCAUCGAUGAAUUCUGCAACCAAAACGAGUGGGCCAUGAAUGUCGGCAACGAGAAAGGUGAAAUUCUUGACCGCGUGGUGUCUGAGACCAAUCCGCGUUGUGUGCUGGAGCUGGGCACCUACUGUGGCUACUCCGCAGUUCGCAUCGCCGCUUUGCUGCCGCCUCACGCGCAACUCAUCACACUUGAAUUCAAUCCCGACAAUGCCGCCGUCGCUCGGCAAGUCAUCGCAUGGGCAGGCGUUGGCGACAAGGUGCGCUUAGUCCAAGGAGAAUCCGGCGAGUGGAUCCCCAAGCUGAAGGAGCACUUUGGAGUCCAAACAUUUGACUUGGUUUUCUUGGACCACUGGAAGAAUCGUUACCUUCUCGACACCAAGCUGAUGGAGGAGUGCGGCCUCCUCAGGAAAGGGAGCGUCCUCCUGGCCGAUAACGUCGUCUGCCCCGGCGCGCCAGACUACCUGGAGUACAUCCGGACCAGCCCGCGGUACAAAAGCCAGUAUUUCAAAUCUCACCUGGAGUAUACAAAAGCGGAGGAUGGCCUGGAGAAGUCGGUCUUCUUGGGGUAGUUUGCGACACGUUCUUACGGGCAUUGCGGGGGCAAGUUUGUGCCGUCGGGGACAUCCAAUGCCGGAAUAGGCCAGAAACAACCGAUCA